AUGGAGGCCGCAAGCCCGACCAGGGACUCCUCUCCCCCCACCUCGCCGAGAUUCUCGCCGUCGCCCUCCCCGACGCCGGAACAGCGGCAGCAACCCGACGGCGAGUGGAGGGCAAUACUGCCCAACUUACUGACCAAAACGGAUUUUGAGGCCCUCUCGGACCGGCUGGGCCGCGUGGUCAGAGAGGAAGUGGCCCAAUUGAGAGCAGACCUCUCGAACGUGGAGGCAAGGAUGUCCGUGGCGGAGGCUGAAACCAGGGCACUCCGCACGGACCUAGAACAAACAAACACCGCGGUCACCACCCAAGAAGCUGACAUAGCCCAUCUAACCACGUGGGUGGACGACUUGGAUAACCGCGGGCGCAGGAUGAACCUGAGAGUCCGCGGAGUGAGAGAGGGGGGCCCGGCGGAAAACAUCCCAGAGCUCCUGAGACAGAUCUUCAGUCAGGUACUGGGCAAUCAAAACAUGCCGCGACUGGGCCUGGUUAGGGCACACCGAGCGCUGCGCCCUAUACCCCCACCAGAAGACCAGCCCAGAGACAUAGUCUGUUGCCUGGAUAACUUCCAAUUGAAGGAAGAAAUUCUGCGCACGGCUAGACGCAUAGGCAACAUCCGCAUGGACGACCAGACCAUAACAAUAUACCAAGACCUCUCCCGCUACACGCUACAAGCCAGACGGGCACUACGGCCAAUCACCACCGCCCUACAGCAUGCAGGCAUCCAGUACCGCUGGGGGUACCCCUUCUCUCUCUCCGCCAGACACGGCCCGGAUUUUCUGACGAUAAGGAAACCCGACGACGUCCACGCAUUCAUGCGCACCCUGGGACUCCCACCGGUCACGGUCCCCAACUGGCUGGCGAGGUCAUUCCUCCUACAACCAAACAGACCCCAGCAACCGCAAGGGCAUGGCCCGAACCAGCGUAGACCUCAACCGCAACGCCACCGGGAUGGACUCCCAGGUCGAGCCGGGCGAGAGAUGUAA